GCUUUUGUUGGCUUCAUGGAGGAGUUUGUCGUAGAUGGUCAGAGGGCUGAUUGUGGGCAGUUUAAACCCGGAACAUUCGAAAAACUGGCUCUGAAGAUGCUGGAGGCCUUCCCCGGUUGUACACUGACCGCGAAGCACUGCAAGAAUAAACACAAGCGCCUGAAGGAGAAGUAUCAGUACGCCGCUGACAUGCUUGCUUGUAGCGGAUUCGGCUGGAACCAUGACAAACAAUGUGUGGAGGUUGACAGCAAAGAUGUCCUUGAUGCAUGGUUGAAGGCACAUCCGACUAAGUUCUACAGUCCUGGCAAGCCAUUUCCUCUUUUUCACCGGCUGGAGGGUAUAUUUGGCAAGGAUAGAGCCACAGGAGCAGCAGCAGUUAGUGGUUUUGAUGCGGAGGAACAGGUUAACGAAGAGACAGAAGACACUGCAGUUGGAUUUGAUGAGUCUGAUAUGUCUCCAUAUCCAGAUAACGGCGGAGGGCCAACAAUGCAAGGACAAGCAUCACAAUCUGAAGUAGGUGCGAGUGCAGGAAGCACAAGGCGAUAUGGGAGGAAGAGAAAACAACUUGACGUACUGGAGAGGAUGGCCGACCAUAUUCAGCAAUCUUCAGCUGACCAAAGGAAGAAUGCCCAACUGAUAGCUGAUGCCAUUGUUGGUGUGAACGAGAAGUGGAAGGUUGGCGAGAAGCUCACACAGCUUGGGUUCGGUGAUGACGAGGUGGUGAGGGCGAUUUUGAAGUUUGCUGAAAGUCCUAACGUGUAUGCACACUUCUGGGGCUUGUCAGAUUCACAGAUGAUUGGCCUUGUUCGCUCUAUUAUAUGAAGUUCACUGUUGGUUUAGGGUAUUAGGUUUGGGCUAGAUUAUUAAAUUUUUCACUGUAGGGUUUUAGGUCUUUGGGAGAUGGUUAUGUUUAAGAUGAUAUAAGGUACAAACUUAUAUUUGGUAUGCAAACUCACCUUAUUUUGGAAACACCUUACUAUUUUGCUCUGUUUAGAAUAGGUUUAGGUUCUUUGUACAGUUUUAUUGGUAUUGUAGUGUGUCCUUUGUUUUGGUGGUUUGAGCAGGAAUUGUUUACUAAGUACAAUAUUUAUAGUCAUGAUCAUGUUAAUGAUAAUUAUCUUAGUUUUUGGU